UGCACCGGGAGAGACGGCAGACUCCCGGGCGCUAACUCAGAGAAGGCUGCACUGUGAUGGUACAGCUCACUCUCUCUCUCUCUCUCACACACAAACACACACACACACACACACACAACAGCCCCGCCUGCAAACUGGGACCUGCACUCCCCAGGUCCCAGGCACAGCUCCGGUGUAGAUGGUCGGGACGGCGAGGAGGAGAGUCGGGAUGAGUAGCUGUCACUGAUGAUUCACUCUUGGCUGUAGUUGUGUCAGCCUCGCUGGUUGAUACUGAGCACGCUGUGUAUCUGUGGGUUAGAGACUGGCACUCCGCUCAUUGAUGAGGAGGAGACCCGGAGAGCCGGGCUGUCUGUCGCUGGGAUAGUUAGAUUCCUGCCGGGGUUGCUUCAUUGAAGAGAUGGUGUUUAACUUCGGGAGCAGCCUGGCAAGCUGGCCAAACUCGUGCAGCCGUUUAUCGGUCUGUGUUUUAAUUUGUCUUUCUCAGAUUACCGUCUCUCCGUCUCUACUGACAGGCUCGGUGGCAAGCUGUGAGAAUGAAGGCGACGCGAUAGAAAUCCCGCGGAUUACGGACAAUCCCUGUAUCUCCUGUCAGUGUUUGAACAAAGAAGUAAGAUGUACGAGAGAGAAAUGUCCAGUGCUGCCCAAAGACUGUGCUCUUGUUAUCAAACAGCGAGGAGGUUGUUGUGAAAAAUGCAAAGAAUGUGUGUUUGGCGGGAAGGUAUACAACAGCUCAGCAACCUGGCUUGUGCCCUCCAAACCAUGCAUAAUGUGGGCAUGUCAGGAAGGUGUCAUCACAGAAUCAGAGAUACUGUGUGUGGUCUACUGUAAAAACCCCAUCGUCCAACAGGGCAGUUGUUGUCCGGUGUGUCAAGGCUGUGAGUUUGCUGGUCAUCACUACAGAGAGGGUGAAGCUUUCUAUGCAGAUGGAAGCAGGUGUAUUAAAUGUUCCUGCACUGCCGGCUCACUGCAUUGCUCCCGAGAAAUGUGCCCCAUCCUCUCCUGCCCUCAGCAUCUCAGUCAAGUGCCACCUGGAAAAUGUUGCCCCAGAUGUUUGGGUCAGCGCCGAGUGUUUGACCUGACGGCUGGGAGCUGUUUGUUUCACAGUGAGGUUUAUGAAAAUGGGAGUGCCUUCCAGCUUGAUAACUGCACCAUGUGUGUGUGUGAGGAUUCCACUGUGGUUUGCAGGAAACGUUGUUCCUUGCCUGGGAUGUGUUGGGGAAGAGCCCAAUGCUGUGAAGAAUGCUUGUCUUACAUCUCAGCUGAUAACCUCAAAGUCUGUCGAGUUGGCAACAGAAUUUACAGGGAUGGGGAGAUGUGGUCAUCCAUUAACUGCUCACUCUGUGCCUGUAAGAAGGGAGUGACAGAAUGUCGGAGGAAGGAAUGCUCCACUGUCAAGAGCUGCCCUGCGGGUAAAAUCAUUAACAGGAAUGGGUGCUGUCCAAUUUGUACUGAAAAGCAUGGUGUGUGCACUGUCUUUGGUGAUCCUCAUUACAACACAUUUGAUGGAAGAGCCUUUAACUUUCAAGGGACAUGUCAGUAUGUGUUAACCAAGGACUGCUCCAGUCAGGCUAGUUUCCAGGUGCUGGUGCAGAAUGAUGCCCGCAGAACCUACGCAUUCUCAUGGACCAAGUCCAUUGAGGUGAUGCUGAGUGGGACCAGUAUCAGCCUCCUGCAACACCUGACAGUGAAGAAAGAUGGUCUAAAGAUCUCUCUGCCCUACAGGAACCAACAAUUCUCCAUCCAGUUAGAUGGCUACUUACUUAAAGUAACGACAGAAGCAGGUAUUGUGGUUUCCUGGGAUGGAGACAGUUUCGUGGAGGUUAUGGCAAACCCGGAGCUGAAGGGUAGACUUUGUGGUUUGUGUGGAAACUACAACGGCCACAAACGGGACGAUUUGAUUGGUGGAGACGGCAAUUUCAAGUUUGAAGUUGAUGCUUUUGCUGAGUCAUGGCGAGUGAAAUCGAACAAAGUGUGUAACCGGCCCCAGCGGCGGCUCCAGCCACAUCUCUGCUCGGGGGUGGUGAAGGUGAAACUCCGUGCUCAUCGCGAGUGCCAGAAACUGAAAUCCUGGGCGUUUAAGGAUUGCCAUUCGAAGGUGGAUUACGUCUUGUUUUAUAGAUCCUGUGUCACAGAUAUGUGUGAGUGUCCAGUACACAAGAACUGUUACUGUGAGUCUCUCAUCGCCUACAUGCGAGCCUGUCAGAGGGAAGGUGUCCACGUGUACUGGCGGCCGGAGAUAAGCUGCCUCGCUACUCAGUGUAAGCACGGUGCUGUGUACGACACGUGUGGUCCAGGCUGCUCCAAAACCUGUGAGAACUGGAAUGAAAUUGGUCCUUGCACAAAGCCAUGUGUAGCUGGCUGCCAUUGCCCAGCAAGCCUGGUACUUCACAGAGGACGAUGCAUAAAACCAGCCGUCUGUCCCCGGUGACACGACUGGGGAGCCCCUAACCUUGUGAUUAACGAUGGUGAUGAUUAGCAAGCAGCUACUUUCACCGGCCUUGGGGUGACUGCUCUGUCAUUGUAUCUACAACCAAGAAAGUGGAACGCAUGUAUAUUUCCAAUACAGCUAAUUGAUGAUUAACCAUUGGACAAAAUAUAUAAACUGUUGCUGAAUGUAUAAACAGACAAAACUUUUAAAUUAAUAUAAAGAGAAAAAGGACUGAAAUCAGUCAAAAAUCAUUUAUUUUACUGUUCUACAACAUUUAAAAUACUUCAAAAAGACUGUUUAAUAUUUAAAUGUUGGCCUUUGCACCUGUUUCUUGACAGUGUGCUAAAGAAAACUGACAUCCGUGAAGAAUGAGUAUCUUGAAUGAAUGAAGGGCACGUCUCUCAUCAGGCAUUUUAACCUGUUGGAAAUGCAACCCUGCACCUUGCAUCCAUGGACAGAUUUAAGACAAGAUUUGAUGUCAAGAUGAUGCAGGUGAUAAGGGAGUCCAGCGAUGGGCAGCAUCUUUUAAUGGCUUUUAAAACAGUUACCUUGGUUUGAAAUGCCCUCAGUCACAGGUUGACACACAAGAUCCAAGCAGACAUGUGGGCAAAACCUCGUAGGAGACAACAGUGAAGAUGGCUACUUACCCUGCAGCUCCCAGACUAAAAUCAUUCUCUACUCUGAUCUCAAGAACUUCUAGCUUGAUGUAUUUCAGGCAUUUCUUUUGCAGAUCAAACUUGUGACUGGGAUUCAUUCAACAUCAUCUUCAGUAAUGGAAUGAUUCCAGAACCCACUGAUCACAGAGCUGAUGUGACUCCAUGCUCAGAAACCAAUAACGAACAUCACCUAGUGUGGGAUUUAACUCAAGGUCCAUGCCUCAGUCACUCCUAUUUAGUGUGGAAUAGGAUAGUCUGGCACAAUGUAUUUCUGCUUCUCAUCGUGUUCGAGAGUGCAGUUAGUUGCUAGAAGAUCACGCAACAGAAAUGAUCAAGGUGGUGGUGGUGAUGGUGGCGAGAUUAAUCCAACUUGAUGUUAUCAAAGAAAUUGACUACCACUCAACUCAAAGGCACAAGGUUUGUUGUAUUCUGCAUUUAUUGAGAAAAGGCGUAUAUAUGUGUACAUGUACGGCCACAGACUCCAUGUUGUGCAUGAAAUUCCAGCAGUGACAACAGCACAGUCAGGAGCAGUGAGGAUGGGACUGUCAGUGUGCUUUGAAAUGAAGUGAAAAGUGAGAUAUUAAAUACUCCUAAACAGUUUGACACAACUCGACAUUCACCAGCUCAAUAGAACAAAGUUCAGAAACAACUUGUGCUUUGAAGAAUAGAAUCACAUUUCUAUACACAUCAUACCAGUGUUAAGGGAGGUCCAAAUCUGUAGCUCUAAAACUUCCUAUUGGCUGUUUAUCAGUUUACUGAUAUUAUUAAAUAUUUGGUAAGCUUUAUCUGACCAAGUGGUUGAUCUGAGAGCAUAAAAUGUGGCUAGGUUAAGUGUUGACAACUGCCAGUGGCCAGUUUUUUCUCCAUGCGACAGAAUGAGUCAAAAUUUAACAAAAACCUGUUUGGAACAACUAGAAUGAAUACUGUUUUAGUAAAAUGGCAAUAUCUUCAUUUUUUAAAGAAACAUUAUCUGAUUGCUACAUCCAGUGUCAUGAUUUAACUAAAUUACUAUGUCAACAUUCCUCAUUCAAUUUUGCUGUGUCAGUUGUCACAGUGCAGUUGCAGGCCUGGCCAUCAGGUGGCUCUGUUAGAAAGUUUCCCAACUCUUAGCAUCUUGUGUGGAACAAACACAAACUGUGACAUGUUUAUAGAGCUCCUGUUUUUCAGGUGAAGGACAGAUGCCACCUCCAUCUGCCAGGGGAUCAGUGUCUUGGUUUAAUAUUUCAUUCAAAGGAUAACCCUAGUGCAGCACUCCCUCAGUACUGCCCUUGGAUUUUUGUGCUUAAGUUUCUGGAGCAGGGCUUGUACCCACAACCUUCUGACUCAGGCAAGAGCAGCAUCCACUGAGCUACAGCAGAAGAUGAAGUAGGGAAUGUUACAAGAUACACCAACCUGGACAUUUACUUAUAUCCAUCCUAGUAUUUGCAGGGCAGGUUUCCUUAAUGUCCUUAUUCGCACAUGGUCUAAUAAAGGUGAGACGGGUGAUACAAAAUAAACACAAAAACUUGCUGCAAA